UGAACGUAACCAACAUCGUGUGAAGUUUUAGCGGCGUAUAAAAACGCAAACAAAUAGCGCAGAUCUUUCGGAUGUUUUCAAUUCUCUGAUGUUUACCAAUACAGAACAAUAUUGCUCGAUCGAAAAUGUUAUCAUCGGUUCUAGUCAACGUGACUCGGAGAUUAUUGCUCGCCCAAUCCAGUCCAUUAAUUGAAACGGCUAGAUUUUCUCGCCGUAUUGCAGUUGCCCUUCGGAGUAAGAAGGCGAAAUCUGUUAAUCCGACGACGCAAUACUUUGUUGACUGCAAGCAUGUUCGUGUCACGGGAGGUAAAGGCGGUGACGGAUGCAUCUCAUUCUUGCGACUUUGGUGCAACGAAAAUGCUGGCCCAGAUGGUGGAGACGGAGGAAACGGAGGACACGUUGUGUUCCAGGCGUGUUCCGAUGUAAAGGAUCUUAACCACGUAACAACGCUGUUGGGUGCGGAUAACGGGGACAACGGCCGGAAUAAAGAUUGCCAUGGGAAAAACGCGAAUCACACCGUUAUUAAGGUACCCCUGGGAACAAUUGUGAAGACUGACAGUGGAAAGAUUGUAGGUGAUCUGGAUGCGGAUGGAACGAUGUUUGUUGCUGCCCGCGGAGGUGCUGGAGGAAAGGGGAACCAUUUUUUCAUCAGUGAUUUGGAGCAGGCACCACAAGUGGCGGAAUUCGGAGCAUCCGGCGAGAACAAAUCAUAUUUUCUGGAGCUCAGAAGUAUGGCUCACGUAGGUUUCAUUGGUUUGCCAAAUGCAGGGAAAAGUACCUUGUUGCGGGCAAUUACCAGAGCAAGACCGAAGGUAGCUGCGUAUCCAUUUACUACAUUGAAACCACAUCUGGGGAUGGUUCAGUAUGAUGACUACGAACAGAUUGCUGUUGCUGAUUUGCCCGGAUUGAUUCCGGACUCCCACAAGAAUAAAGGUUUGGGGAUACAAUUUCUGAAGCAUGCGGAGCGCUGCAAUGUACUGCUGUUUGUGAUUGAUGUUUCACUGGAGGAACCCUGGAAUCAUUAUAACACUCUGGUGCACGAGUUGAGCAUGUUUAGCGAGGAGCUAGCAAGUAGGCCUAGAGUUAUUAUAGCCAAUAAGAUUGACCUACCAGAGGCGGAAAAGAAUAUACAGCUGCUGGAGCAUCACGUCGAUGUUCCGGUAAUACCUAUUAGUGCUAAGAUUGGAACGAAUAUUGAGGAAUUGCUGAAAGAGAUAAGAGUGAUUUACGAUGGAAUGAAAAAGAAUAGUUAACGAUCAAAGAUGUCUGCAUAUUAAAUAGAAUAUCGAAUAGAAAUAUA